CGCAGGACCCCUCGCGACCCGGGCGCCCCUAGGCGCCCCCAGACCCCGGCCUCCAGCACCGCGGUGGGAGGCAGGGAGCAGCGGCGGAGGCAGGAGGACGAGGAGGAGGAGGAGGAGCCGUCGCAGGAUGAAGGAUCGGACUCAGGAGCUGCGGAGUGCGAAAGACAGUGACGAUGAGGAGGAGGUGGUUCACGUGGAUCGGGACCACUUUAUGGAUGAGUUCUUUGAACAGGUGGAAGAGAUCCGGGGCUGCAUUGAGAAGCUGUCGGAAGACGUGGAACAGGUGAAAAAGCAGCACAGCGCCAUCCUGGCCGCCCCCAACCCAGAUGAGAAGACCAAACAGGAGCUGGAGGACCUCACUGCCGACAUCAAGAAGACGGCCAAUAAGGUUCGGUCCAAGUUGAAAGCGAUCGAGCAAAGCAUCGAACAGGAGGAGGGGCUGAACCGUUCCUCUGCCGACCUGCGCAUCCGCAAGACGCAGCACUCCACACUCUCCCGGAAGUUCGUGGAGGUAAUGACCGAGUAUAACGCGACCCAGUCCAAGUACCGGGACCGCUGCAAGGACCGGAUCCAGCGGCAGCUGGAGAUCACCGGCAGGACCACGACCAACGAAGAGCUGGAGGACAUGCUGGAGAGCGGCAAGCUGGCCAUCUUCACCGACGACAUCAAAAUGGACUCCCAGAUGACAAAGCAGGCCCUGAACGAGAUCGAGACGAGGCACAACGAGAUCAUCAAACUGGAAACCAGCAUCCGCGAGCUGCACGACAUGUUUGUGGACAUGGCCAUGCUUGUGGAGAGCCAGGGUGAGAUGAUUGACCGCAUCGAGUACAACGUGGAACAUUCCGUGGACUAUGUGGAGCGAGCCGUGUCCGACACCAAGAAAGCUGUGAAAUACCAGAGCAAGGCGCGGAGGAAGAAAAUCAUGAUCAUCAUUUGCUGUGUGGUGCUGGGGGUGGUCUUGGCGUCAUCCAUUGGAGGGACGCUGGGCUUGUAGGCCCCCCGCCCUUACCCCUUCCGGGCCCCUCCCCCAGCACAUUGGGAGCAAUACCCCCACCGCCCCUUUCACUCCAUCCCCUGCUCCGAGCUCACCCCCGAAACGGACCCAAGCAGCCCCCUCCCUCUCCCACCCCCACGGCAGACCCUGGAGUCCCUGGACCUCACCCCGCCAUGGACCACCCGCCCCUGCCCCGCACGUAGAUAGCAGCAGGCGUGAUCACACAUGCACACCAACAUGCAUGCCGCCGGCACAUGCUCGAGACGUGUGGACACCCCAGCGUGUGUGUGCGUGUAGGUGUAUGUAGACACACAUCGCCCCCCUGCCCCGCCCUGAGUCUGUGGUCUGAGCUUCGUCGCUGGGAUCGUGGUGUUGACUGAGUGUAACAGCAGCCCACCACACCCCUUGUUCUCUGUGAAUAGUGUGUGUGUGUGUGUGUGUGUGUGUGUGGCCAAGAUCUGUGGACGCACAAGCUGUGUGUGCGGAAUUCUGUGUUGGAGUGUUUGCACCUCAUGUUACGUCCAUCCCCCCACCAGCCCCUCCUCCCUGUCUGCUCUAAGCGGAGCGGCAGUGUGUGCAGAUACUCACGUUCUAGAGGACCCCGGGAGGCCCAGAGACUCACAGGCCGUGGCAGACACCCCGCACGAUACAGAACAAACCCGCCUGGCCAGUGCAGGGGUUGCUGUGCGACUGUGUGUGUGUGUAUGUGUGUGUGUGUGGGGGGGCUGUAGAGGUGAGUGGAACUAUACACGUGUAAUAGCUUGGCCUGUAGACUCGUGUUUUUCCCAGUAGAUGUGAGGGGUGCGUGUGUGUGUGUGCAUGUGUGCGCAAGCUCACACACUGGAAGUGUUGGUAGGAGUCCUCCACACUGUGGACCAGACACCUGUUGAGGGUGGAUACAGAUCUAUUUCUGUGCUACCUGGAUAGCUGUGACUAUCUGGAUACAGCUGUGACUGUGUGUAUGUGUGUGUGUGCGCGCGCGCGUGCACGCGUGCAUAUGUUUAGGGGCUUUCUACAUAGUGUUUUUGCCCCCUGCGUGUCACGCACGCUUAUGGUUAAGGACACGUGCCCCAUCCCUCCAGGUUCGUUUAGCCAGUUUUCUUUGACCCCGCCCCCUGCCAGGGGCCCUGACCUGUGUCUGGCAUGGCCACACACGCCGCUCCGUCAACAUUGAGCAACUGGAGCUUCCCACCGUGCCACGUGCGGUCCCUUGUGCACAGCGCUUUCAUCCUGAUCUCUGUGUCUGUCAAGGACAGGUCUGAGCUUGUGUCCCCCCGAGCCCCUCAGGCCAAGGCCGAGGAGGGCCCUCGGAGGUGGCUGCGUCCAGGCUGCACGCAGGCACCCUAGAGCGCAUGCGCUGCCGCCAGCGUGGUGCCCGCGCAGGCCUCCGCCAUCUGCGCGCGGACCCCGCCCGGGAGGUCUGUUUGUGGGGCUGUUAGUGGAGAGGCAAGGUGUCCAGGGCUGCCUCGGACGAGGGGAAGGUCAGGACAUUGUCCCUGCCUGCCUCCCUGCACCCCACUGGUACCUGGAAGAAGCCACACUCCGCCUCUGCCCCGUUCAGCGCGCGAGGCACUUGCACGGGGACGGGUAGUUGUGGCGGUCACCCAGGGUGUGCAGUCCCCUGGGCUUGUCCCGUGGUGGGACUCGUGCCGGGCAGGGCUGGCGCCUAGCUCGAGGUGGAGACGGCGUACGUCGUCUGUGGGUGGGUGCUUUGGUGACAGGGAGGAGGCGCAGGGACAAAAGGCGGCCCUGAGCCCCGGGUGCGCAGGCUGAGCGCCGAGUCCGUGCAGGGCGCGCGCCGUGCAUGCAUCGCGGGCGGUGGGCUCCAGCGUGUGCAGGCCCCGCCUUCUUCCCGCAUCAUGGCAGCGCGUGCGUGCACGGUGGCGGGGGCUGCAGGUGUGACCAGCCAGCCUCUUCAUUCUUGCCCGCCCCCCGCCUGUAUGGACCCCGCGGGUCAGCUGUCCUGAGGAGGGGCGCCCGCCUGUCCUUGCCCACGUGUUCUUCCCCAGGACAGGAGUCCACCCGUAGUCGUGACUGCAGCUUCCUACUCCCAUCCCAGGCGUCUCCCUAUCCCCGGCCCGGCCCGCUACUUCCUUCCUGCAGUGCGCUCAGCACCUCCUCUCAGCCCAGGUGUUUCCCAAAGCCCCCCCACCCCAGCCUUGCAGUUCGCAAAGAAAAGGGUGGCGCUGUGGCUGCCCACCUCUGGGCCUGCGGCGGACCGGGGAUCCCCGAGGGCCUGGUGCACCCCAGCUUUCUGCAAGUCACGCACCUCGUGUGAUGGGUUUGCUUAUUGGCCGCUGCCUGCAUGUGUGUGUGUUCUGAGUGUGGUCCGGGCCGGUGUCCUGCAUGUUCUCAGACAAGGUGUGCUGUCCACCCUCCACGCACCUGCAGCCAUCAAGGCCAGGCAUACCUGUGGGUGGUCCCGGGCCUGGCCGGGGCGCAGUGUCCCGCUCCCUUCCCUCCUCGUCCCUCCCCCUCACAAAGCACACUGCGUGACCAUCCCAUGUGCCCGUGGGUCCACGCACGCUCUCGCCACGCCCUGAGCGUGUCCACAUGACGUGUUCUAUGCAUUCACCCCGCCCCAGCCCGCCCCGCGGAGGACAGGAUAGGUGGCCCCGGCUCCCCCUCCCCUCCCUGCUGUGCAGCCGUGUGCGUUGGCGUGUGUUUCUGUGUCGCUGGCGUGUCACGUGAUGUAGCCGUGUUUGCUGACAUGAGCCCCUGCCCCUCCGUUUCUCCGUUGGUUUCUAGAGCUCUCUCCCUGCCCUUCCCAGAGGGGACAGGACUCCUGGGGCCUGGUUGGGGGCCCAGAGCCAGGCCGCCCUCUCCUGUUUGCCCUCAGAGUCUCAUUUCUCUCUAUUGGUGACCAAGUUACAAAUGGAUAAAACACAGGAAAUUUUGCCCCCCCACCCCAGCCCUGCAUGUCCUGUCCCCGGAGCCCCCAACCCCACCCCGGGCCGGGUCGAGUCCCGUGGGACGGGAGAAAUAGCAACCAAUCCAACAGCGGG